AUGUCAGGCCUACAAAAUUAUAGUUCUCAGUUACUUAAGUACACAAGACUUUUCAAUAAUGGCUGUGUCGCACGUUUACGUUCAACUGCUACGUCAUCGUUUGAAAUGAUUCAACGAGAGAGAAAAGUGUCUGCAAACAAUUAUGAUCCUAGCUCCGUGGUUAUCACCAGAGGAAAAGGGAUUUAUAUGUGGGACGUUGAAGGAAAAAAAUACUAUGACUUUGUGGGAGGAUUUGCCACCCUCAAUCAGGGUCACUGUCAUCCCAAAAUUAUUAAGGCCAUGACAGAUCAAUUAAAUAAACUUCAUCACACGUCAAGAGCUAUAUUUCAUGAUUCGCUUUAUGAACUUAAUGAGUUCUUGACUGAACAAUUUGAAUAUGAAAAAGUUUUGAACAUGAAUACUGGUGUUGAGGGAGGAGAGUCUAGUAUCAAGAUUGCUAGAAAAUGGGGAUAUAGGGUGAAAAAAAUUAAACAUAAUCAAGCAGAAGUUGUAUUUGCUCAUGGCAACUUUUGGGGGAGAACAAUCGCCGCCAUUUCUGCAUCCACAGAUCCAACAUCUUGGAAUGAAUUUGGACCUUUUGUUCCUGGUUAUCAAAUAGUGCCUUAUGAUGAUUUAGAACAAUUGGAGAAAGCAUUGAAAAAUCCUAACGUGUGCGCAUUUAUGGUAGAACCAUUGCAAGGCGAAGCAGGAGCAGUUGUGCCUACUCUAGGCUACUUGAAAGGAGUUCGUGAGCUUUGCACAAAAUACAACGUUCUUUGGAUUGAUGAUGAAAUACAAGCUGGAUUGGGUAGAACCGGAAAAAUGUUAGCAGUCGAUUAUGAAAACGUCAAACCUGAUCUGUUGAUUCUGGGAAAAGCGCUUUCCGGGGGAGUCUAUCCGGUUUCUGUGGUAUUGGGUAACAGUGAAGUAAUGGAUGUCCUCACUCCUGGUACUCAUGGGUCUACAUAUGGUGGAAAUCCGUUAGCAUGUAAGGUCGCGCUGGCUUCACUAGACGUAAUCAUAAGCGAAGGCUUGGUAGAAAACGCAUUCAAGAUGGGCGAGAUCUUCAGGUCUGAACUCACUGCUCGUUUGGAUGAAAAUAAAUUAGUUCAAGUCAGAAGAAGAGGCUUGCUGAAUGCUAUCGUGUUAAAUACAAAUGGCGUAUCCAAUUAUGUCUACAAGUUAAACAACGAAUUGAAAACUAAUGGAUUGAUUUCUAAGUCUAUUGGAUCAAACGCAUUGAGAUUCUCGCCACCAUUAAUAAUUACUGAAGAACAAUUACGUGAAGGAAUUGACAUAAUUGUUAACACUAUAAAUGAUUUUAAUAUUUAA